AUGGUGGAACAGUCGCAGGGGCAGAUUUCACAACUAGAUAUCAAUAACGGGAAGGACGCUUCGCUGGUAUCUCCGCCGCUUUCAUCGACCUCGGAGGACCCCCUGGAGUUCGAGAGCCGGCUGGUCAGAUACAGCCCGCCUACUCCUGAUGCUGUCCGGUCCAACCCGUUCGAGUUCAGCUGGCUGCCAAAACAGCAGCGGAAGUUACUCGACCAUUUUAUAUCGUGUACAACUCUAUCGAUGUCGUGUCAUUCGCCAAUCCAGGAUAUGUUCUGCCGGGUUCUCGUACCCAUGGCGAUGCAGACCCCUCACCUGCUCGGCGCUCUGCUGAGCCUCGCAGCUACUCACAGAUUGACUCUCGGCAUGGACCAGAGCAUGUCAGAGCUCAAUCUCUUGAAGGUCACCAGCCUCCGUCAGCUGCAGGAGGCUUUGGCCAAACCCGGAGCAGACAUGGACGAGUCCAUCGUCGCAACGACGCUUACCCUCUGCCACGCCGAUUUCGUUUCGGAUGGGCGCAGCCCCGGGUCCUGGCGCUCGCAUCUGCAGGGUACGACUGCAGUAAUUGCCUCAUAUCUAGAAAACAGCAAGGCUAGCCUUGGCUCUCUCUCCAGCACCAUGUCUCUUCUUUGGCGAUGGUACUUGUCCAUCGAAACAGUUGCCCUGUUAACAGGGAAUCUUGUCAUGCCCAAUGAUUCUCGAGCUCUCCUUCAGAUGCGGAAGCUGAUUAGUGACGAUGGGAUCGAUGAUCUGGCCGGGUUCUCUUCCUCGCUAGGGCCAAUAUUCAAAGAUAUCAACCGUCUCGCGAUAGAAGCUGAUAAUGCUCUCCAACAAGAUGACGAUCAUAUACUCACGGACACGGACCCCAAAAAUCGCAUUCCACUUUCAAUUCUGGAUCAAAGCUAUCAGCUUAUCAAUGACAUACAUCAAAGAUGGGCCCUCAGGAACGGAGAUUCCAGCCCACGUCGACGCGUCACGCACAGAGAGACUUGCGAUCGUGACGAGCUUUCAUCACGUCGCACUAGUGCAAUAUACCGCCGUGUUCUCAACCUAACUUCUACUGAUCCUUUGGUUCAGAGCUCGGUAAAGCAUAUUAUUAGUCGAAUAUGCAAAGUACGGUUCCUGGGUGAACCGUGCCCUGGCAUCGCCGUACUCCAACCACUCUUCACAGCAGGCUGUGAAGCGUCAAGUGGCCCCGACCGGGACAGUAUCAAUACUCUGCUUUUGAAUUUUGAACAUCGUUACGGCAUGGGGAAUGCCAGGAAUUGUCGGUCAUUUUUACAGGACUUAUGGGCCACGAGAGAUAAUAACGGAGACACAGAAGGGAAAAUUAGGUGGGAUAAGGUCAUGGAUAUACGGUUCAAAAUCAUGAUCUUCCGCGUCUUGGUCUGGCGAAUCUAUGCUGCUUCAUUUGACAUCAUUUUAUCACUCGAUGCCACUGUUACGAUACCCCGUCUCCAUAUAAACCUUGGGGAAUUCAGAUCCGCCGCAUCGCGCUGCAAUAUCCAUUAUUGGCUGGAAUUGCUGGAAUAUAUUUAG